GGAGGCUUAAUUGCCUUUUUUGCCCGAAUAUUAUCCAAACCAGGAAAAAAAAAACACUCUGCUUUGCUUCUCUGUUCACAGAGGACAGAAAUGGCCGCUCCGGCCAUUUCCAAAGCUCUGUUCAGUUCCUACUUCUCCCAAAAAAACCCAGUUCGAACCCAAAACCACACUUUCCUUGUGAAAUCCUCCAAACCCACUUUCACUUCCUUCACAAUCACCAGGCUCUCUCUCUUUCUUCUUCCUCGUUCAUUUCAAACCACCCAAUCUUCCAUUUCUUCCAACAACUCCUCUUCUCGCUUCUCAUGUCGCUGCCAGAGUCUCUCCACGAUCCCAGUUUCCACCAAGGAAUACGAGUUCUUUGAUGCUUCUUCGGAGGUGGAACUGAGACUACAGCUAGGGGGCUGGAAUAUCCAAAGCUCUAAAGAUAUCUUUGUGGAUGCAAAUGACACCUCUUUAACAAUCAGAGCACAGCACUCUGGGUCUCUUAUUACACUUCUAGAAACUAAUAAACUGUUUGACAAAGUAAAGCCUGCUGAAACAAUAUGGUUUAUAGAUGAUGAUCAACUGGUCGUAAAUUUGAAGAAGCAGGAUCCAGAUUUAAAAUGGCCUGAUAUUGCAGAGGCCUGGGAAUCCCUGAUAGCAGGAUCAUCACAGUUUCUGAAAGGCGCAUCAAUCUAUAUUAUUGGAGACUCGACUGAAAUCAACCAGAAAGUCAGUCGAGAACUUGCAGUCGGCAUUGGUUACACACCACUAAGUACAAAAGAGUUGCUGGAAAGUACAAAAGAGUUGCUGGAAACAUUUGCCAAGCAGAGCAUUGAUUCAUGGGUACUUGCUGAAGGCCCUGAUUCUGUAGCAGAAGCAGAAACUGCUAUAUUAGAAAGUUUAAGUAGUCAUGUCCGAGCUGUAGUUGCAACGUUAGGAGGGCACCAGGGAGCUGCAAGAAGGGCUGAUAAAUGGCGACAUCUUUAUGCAGGGUUUACUGUAUGGCUGUCACAGACUGAAGCCAUAGAUGAAGAUUCAGCAAAAGAAGAAGCCAGGAGAACCAUUGAAGAUGGUAGGCUAGCUUAUUCAAAUGCAGAUGUGGUUGUGAAAUUUCAAGGUUGGGAUGCUGAUAAUGCUAAAAGUGUGGCACAGGCAUGCUUGAGUGCCCUUAAACAAUUAAUUCUAUCAGACAAGAAACUUCCAGGUAAGAAGAGCCUUUAUAUAAGAUUGGGAUGCCGUGGUGAUUGGCCAAACAUUAAGCCUCCUGGAUGGGAUCCAUCAACUGGGGAUGAAGUAGCAUCUCCUGGUUCAUAGUGAAAAAUUUGUAUUUUUUUUUUUUAUUUUUUUGUCAAAAUUUUAUUACAACUGAGAUUUUCCUAUGAAUUUGGUGAAGAUUCUCCCCCGGUAUUUUUCACUAUUGUUCUUGCUAACCGAAAAAAAAAAUUAAAAAAAAAAAAAAAAAAGAGGAGGAGAAAAGAAAUGAAGUCAAAAUGGACACAUUCAGAGUUGGCAAAUUGAAAAUAUCAUUUUAAAGAAUUAAUAUUGUUAUAUGAAACAUGGAUAUUCUUGGAAUAGUUUAUAAAACAUUAAACUUCUAUUUUCCCUCGAGUUAUACGAAUCCGUAAUCUGUUGCUAAUUUUACAAAAUUUGUUUUCCAAACUAUUUCUUUCAAACUCAAACUCGUCCAUUUUAAAAAUCAACUUUAUCUUCAAAACUACCAAAUACAUGACUAGAUAAGUACUUGACUAUUCAAGAUUUUUUUUUCUUUUUUUUUUUUUUUUUGUUUUUCAAUCCGCAAAUGACUUUUCAAAAUUUGAAUAUCUUAAUAAGAAAACAACACAAAAAAAAUACAGAAACUCCCCCUCCCCCCCCCCCCCCCCCCCCCCCCCCCACCCCCCUUAAGUCGUUGUGGAGUUGACCUUUGAUUAGUCUACCCGCGCAGACAGUCUUUGGUCUUUCACAAUCAAUGCGCCAAACUCCAGUUUUCCACACCAUUCAUCUUUUUGCACCUGUCUUGAUUGAAAGAUACAAAACAUACCACACAGGAUAUUCUUUUAUUCCAUGGUAUCCGAGGAGAAAAAUCAAGGCACCCAUUUGGUAAAAAUGAUCACAACGAUUGCAAUUGUUAUGUUGCAAUUGUUAUGUACCAGCAACACUAACAACUACCAAUUUUUACUUAUCUACUUUUUAUUUUUUUAUUGCAUUUAAUAUUAAAUUGUUUUUUUCUAUUAUUAUUAGCAUCACUAUUUUAUAAUUAUUCUCGACAUUGGUCCCAGAAGACGAUCACUAAUUGGUAGAAGGGGGGGGGGGGGGGGGGGGGGGGGAGGGAAUUCAUAUGUAAAAGCACCAAUAAUUUCAAUUUCCAUACGAAGAAUGCAAUAUACCUCUGCUUUCAAUUAUAUUUUAUUCCUAUUUUAGACCCCCCUAAAGCCAUAACAAGGUACUUCGGUACCAUUACACAAUUCCUUCAACUUUGCAAAAAAUGAAAAAAAGAAAAAAAAAAGAAAAAAGAGAAGAA